GUUAUCUUCACAGACAUUCAAAAUGGCGUCUAGUUGACUGUUUGGCUGGUUUCUAUAGGAGAUAUCUCAGCAGAUCUGAGUUCUCUGAGCCUCUGUGUGUCUGGAUGAACCUGUCUGAGUUGUCUUUGUGCUGUCCACCCUUUAUCUGAGUGUUUUACCUCUGAAUUACAUCCCGUUAGCCUACCAAGAUGCUAAAUGUAGCUUAGCACGCUAGCUGGGGACCACAGGGUGGGAGCAGGCUGCGGGAGACGGAAGUUUGCACUGUUGCAGCAGUCAUAGUAGUUGGUUCAUGGAGAGGGCAGUGUUUUUGACAGACUUUGAGUGAUGACACAGUGUGUCAUUGUGGGAAAAUGUCCAAAGUCCACAUGCUGAGCGCGCUGGUGAAGCAGCGACUAACUGCGGGUAAACCAGCAACAGGAGAGCGGCUGUAUUCGGGACUUUACGACGUCCAGCAGCUGCUGGUGAGUAAAGAAGAGGUUCCCCCUGCGCAGCAGGAGUGGAGCACCAGUGUGGACCAGGAGGACCCAGAGCCUCCACACAUUAAAGAGGAAGAGGAGGAAAUCUGGAGCAGUGAGGAAGGAGAGCAGCUUCAAGGACUGGAGGAGGCUGAUAUCACCAAGUUCCCAUUCACUCCUGUCUCUGUGAAGAGUGAAGAUGAUGAGGAGAAGCCUCAGUCCUCACAGCUUCAUCAGAGCCAAUCUGAACAGGAGGAAACAGGAGCUGAUGGAGAGGACUGUGGACGACCAGAACCAGAUACCGAUGACAAGACAGGAGACUCCUCUGAGACGGACGUCAGCGAUGAUGACUGGACAGAGCCCACAGAACCUCAGUCAGGUUUGAACUGUGUGACAAAUAACGUCAGUGAUACUGACAAGGAGUCGUUUAUCUGCCCCGAGUGUGGAAAACCAUUCGGCCACAAGACGAAUCUGAAAAGACACAUGAGAUGCCACACAGGAGAGAAACCGUUCAGCUGCUCGUUUUGCAGUAAGAGCUUCAAUCGGAGAGAACACGUGGUCGCUCACAUGAGGUGUCACUCAGGUGAAAAACCUUUCAGCUGCUCAGUUUGUGACACGAGUUUCAGCCACGGUUGGUCAUUGGAGAAGCACAUGAGAGUCCACACCGGGGAGAAACCAUUCAGUUGCUCCCUCUGCAGCAAAAGAUUCCGGCAGCGCUCCGAUUUGGUCGCGCACUUCCGGAUUCACACGGGAGAAAAACCUUUCCGCUGCUUGGUUUGCAACACGAGUUUCACCCAGCGUCACACUCUGGUUCAGCACAUGAGGACCCACACGGGCGUGAAACCGUUCGUCUGCUCGGUUUGCGGGAAGAGCUUCUCGAGGAAGGGACACAUGACGAGACACAUGACGGCUCACACGGGGGAGAAACCGUUUAGCUGCAGUGUGUGUGACAGAAGCUUCACUUGGCAGUCCCAGUUUAAGAGACAUGAGUGUGCUGGUGAGAACAGCGGUGCAGCAAGUCAACAUUAAGAAGCUCCCCAGAGUGUCUAAACGUUGACGAGAGCAACAUGGAUGUGUAAGAAUGUAUCGUAUAAUAAAUGGGCAUUGAGAAAUGAGUUUUGAUUUCCUGUCUUGUUUUGAAUGUGACAUCUCAUAUCAACAAUCUGACUUCUUAUUCACACUGUGUAAAUACUUAGUGUGUAUCUCACAUCUGUGCGCUCAGUGCGGAGCUGAAUUCAGGACAAUUUAGUCCAGAGAUUGAGAUUUUCUUUAAUUCUUCAAAUAAUAGGGGCGACAAAUUAACGAAUUAGGAGUCUCCAAAACAGUGCCAUGUGUUAAUGUGCUUUCUGUUCCUGUCCUUUAAUGUGCAAUAUUAACUUCCUCAGGGACUGCAGAUGAAAACUGACAAAAUCUGACACAUUUAAACUAAAAAAUUUUUUGAAAAUUUUGUUGGUGUGACAGCGCAAAGGUGUAAAAGUAUACAGACUUUAACAGCAGACGUAUGAAACAGACAUUGUGAUUUAAGAGUGGUACAGAUUUCUAGUUGGUUCUGUCAGAGGAAGUAUCGUAAGUGGUUUUGUACACGUACGAAAGUGCGCCGUGCAAAUGUGUCAUAUUUAUUUAUGAAUAACAGGAACCAGAGGGAUAUGCAGGUACAGUAUGUGCAAGGCGGAGGAUAGAAAUAAACAAAGGAUUAUACUAAUAUUUUUGAUAAGUUCAAACAUUGCGUAAAUAAAAAUGAGGAAGGAAAGAACAGUAAAGUUAACCCGUUUAAUCCCAAAUUUUUCUCACACAAAACUAUCAAAAUCAUCUGUCACUGAUAUAGAGUUGUACCGAUACCAGUAUCAGAAAUGCCUCCGAUACUGCCUAAAAUGUGGUAUUGAGUAUCGGCGAGUACAGCCUAUGACCAUUCCGAUACCAUGUAAUGCCUCAUGUCAUUACGCAUACGCGCACUACAGGCAAACGUAAUGGAAAUGGAGCG